CGCGCGGCGGGGCGGGCCGUGCGUUUGGCUGAUCGGGUGCCGGAGCGGACGGCGGGAGCGGCGCGGUCGUCGGAGCAGAAAACACCUGCAAAAAUGUCUCUUUAUCCAUCUCUUGAAGACUUGAAGGUAGACAAAGUAAUUCAGGCUCAAAAUGCCUUUUCUGCCAACCCUGCCAACCAAGCGCUUUUGAUGGAUGUUUCUGCUGCUCCCCCUCCAGAUGGAAAUCUCUACCCUAAACUGUAUCCAGAGCUCUCUCAAUACAUGGGACUGACGUUAAAUGAAGAAGAAAUAUGUGCAAAUAUGCCCAUAGUCUCUGGAGCACCAACCCAAGGGCAGUUGGUAGCAAGACCAUCCAGUGUGAACUAUAUGGUAGCACCUGUGACAGGUAAUGAUGCUGGAAUCCGGAGAGCAGAAAUUAAGCAAGGGAUUCGUGAAGUCAUUUUGUGUAAGGAUCAAGAUGGAAAAAUUGGGCUCAGACUUAAGUCAAUAGAUAAUGGUAUAUUUGUUCAGCUAGUCCAGGCUAAUUCCCCAGCCUCCUUGGUUGGUCUGAGAUUUGGGGACCAGGUACUCCAGAUCAAUGGUGAAAACUGUGCAGGCUGGAGCUCUGAUAAAGCUCACAAAGUGCUCAAGCAGGCCUUUGGAGAGAAGAUUACCAUGACCAUUCGUGACAGGCCCUUUGAACGGACAGUUACUAUGCAUAAGGACAGCAGUGGGCAUGUUGGUUUUAUCUUUAAAAGUGGAAAAAUCACAUCCAUAGUGAAAGAUAGUUCUGCUGCCAGAAACGGCCUUCUCACUGAUCAUCACAUCUGUGAGAUCAAUGGACAGAAUGUCAUUGGCUUGAAGGACGCUCAGAUUGCAGAUAUACUGUCAACAGCUGGGACUAUAGUUACCAUCACAAUCAUGCCCGCUUUCAUCUUUGAACACAUUAUUAAACGGAUGGCACCAAGCAUUAUGAAAAGCCUGAUGGAUCACACCAUUCCUGAGGUUUAACAACCUUGUACAAUGCAUCACAGCUGAAUGUUUCGAGUUUUCUUCUUCGGCAACUUCUCUAUUUCGCACAUGAAGCUUUCCUGGAGCCAGGGAGAAUAUGCUGCAUGGAGACCUUUCUAUCUUCCACCAUGGCUGGGAACCUCACUCUUAUGUGAUGUCUUCUUCAGAUUUUAAGAUUGGUAUAGCCUUAUCCUGGUUUACAGAUGUGAAAACUUUCAGAAGACUUACCGACUUUCCUAGACUCAGUUCUUCACUGGGGACCUAAUGAUUUUAUAAGCCAUUGUGAUUAGGAUGUCGAUGUAGGCUUAGCUGUGACUGAGAACUGGUUGCUUUCUCCUAGACAAAGCACAGCGCAGGUCAUGUGCUUCAGCUCUGUGGCAUAGCUGGACUUCAGUACAUCAGCAUAGUUCCUUUAGGAUGAUUGCCUUUGAUGGUCAUUUUUUUUAAAGUUUUCUCUGUGUGAGUGUGUAAAAUUCAGUUAAUCAACACUGGUUUCAUUCCACAAAGCAUUAUAGAGUGUGUUAGGUUGCAAGAGACUCAUGAUUGUCACUACUAAAUUUUAACUACCUUCACUUAAUAUGCUUCAACUGUCGCCUUAACUGCAGUAAGCAUUUAGAUAGAAUACAAGCCAAAAUAGAAUUAUUGCUGCCUUCUGAAACCUGAGAUGUUAGCUCUCUAUUAAGCCAGACUGUGCUAGCCCUGAGCAGCUUACUGGUAAAGCAGAGCUGCCUAGUUGUAUCAAGAUUUUCUAGUCACUGCAUAAAGGAAAUGCCUAAAAGUUGCCGUAUCGCUUUCUGAAAACAAAUUGCUAUAUAUUUCAUGUAAAAGUUGUUAUACUCAAUAGAACAAACUUUGGAACCUCCUUUUCACUUGUAGAUUAAGUGGUGAAUAGUUAAUUUGUCAUUUGAAUCCUAACAUUAUGUAACUUAACUAUGUUGGGGUGAUUUUGGAAUGUUUCCCUAAUGUCAUUUUAGUUCCAUUUCCUGACUCCGUCCUGUAAACAACAACAACAACAACAAAUGGCAAUGACACUUUAAUCAGAUUUUUUUUUCUCUUUGGUUUAUGCCUAUCCUGUUCUUUUUUCUGAUAUCCUAUUAAAUGUAUAAAAAUGUUAA